AUGGACACAGAAUACACAGCCUCGAAUCAUCACCUUAAGUCAUACCACGAGAAGCGUGAUACGCACAGCCCAUCGAACAGUCUCCCUUUGCUCCUGACAAGUCGUCGAGUCUCGCUAGAAACCCAAUCGAUCCUCAAUCAAAUGAAGAAAACCACCUACGUCCUUGACCUUUCAAUUCUAAAUGAACAGGAUAUGUUUUCAACCUGGAUAUCAGUUCCACAUCUGACGACCCGCCUAUCUACCCUACAUACAGAUGCGCGUCUUUUCGGACACAUCCUCACCGGCAACAACCUCAAAGAGGCGCGUGAACCAAAAGGCCGUGGUGUUGGCGAGAAGAAAGGCGGCAGUGGGAACUCCUACGAGGACCGUGUGAUCACCGUUAAGAACAUCGUCUAUGACUUUCACUCGGCGGAGAAGAACUUACCAUCUCCCCCUCGUGACACCGAAUACUGCGAUUGGCUGGAUAAUGAUGCUCACACCUCCAGGUAUAACGAUGAACGGACGGGUGAGAUGAGCGAGGAUCUGAAGUACAAAACACGCCCACAAUGGCCUUUGUACUCUUGGACAAAAUGGCUGAGAACCAUGACUAAUAUGGGCUACAUAACUGAGGAGUAUGGGGGACUCAACUCAUUUACGAGAGAAUCGGUACCAUCUCCAUGCUGGCGAAUGGAAGACGGACGACUACCAUUGGUCUUGCGGAUUGACUGGCCAAGGUGCUCAUUUAGAGUCCGCCCGAUACAAUGGAGCAUCUGUACUGGGGCGUUUGUCUGA